AUGAGGUCUGCAUUAACCUGGAAAGUUAUCGCAAACUGUUCAACAACAAAAGCUAAAGUAGGAAUUUUAACUUUACCGCAUGGCCCCGUUAAUACUCCAGUAUUUAUGCCGGUUGGAACUCAAGGAACGUUAAAAGGCCUGACAACAAAACAAUUAGAAGAAUUAGGUUGUCAAAUAAUGUUAAAUAAUACAUAUCAUUUGGGGUUAAAACCUGGACAAGAAUUAAUUGAAAAUUUUGGCGGUUCACAUAAAUUUCAAAAUUGGAAUAGGAAUUUAUUAACUGAUAGUGGAGGAUUUCAAAUGGUAUCUUUGUUGAAACUUGCAAGAAUAACCGAAGAAGGUGUAGAAUUUCAAUCACCACAUGAUGGAUCUACGAUGUUGCUUACUCCUGAGCAUUCAAUGUCAUUACAAAAUUCAAUUGGGGCAGAUAUUAUUAUGCAAUUAGACGAUGUAGUGUCAUCACUUACUACGGGACCGAGAGUUGAAGAAGCAAUGUAUAGAUCUAUCAGAUGGUUAGAUAGAUGCAUCAACGCUCAUAAGAAACCCGAAUCACAAAAUUUAUUUGCUAUUAUUCAAGGUGGAUUAAAUAUGGAUUUGAGAAGAAAAUGUAUUGAAGAAAUGGUUAAACGCGAUACACCUGGUUACGCGAUUGGAGGAUUAAGUGGUGGUGAAGAGAAAGAUAUUUUUUGGAGAAUAGUAACUUUUUGUACUGACCAGUUGCCAAAGAAUAAGCCAAUAUAUUGCAUGGGUGUUGGAUACGCCGAAGAUCUCGUGGUUUGUUCAGCUUUAGGGGUAGACAUGUACGAUUGCGUGUUUCCAACGCGUACUGCUAGAUUUGGUAACGCAUUAACGCCAAAAGGAUCACUAAAUUUAAAAUCAACAAAAUUUGCGCAAGAUUUUGAGCCAAUUGAAAAGGGUUGUAGUUGUUUAACAUGCAAAACAUACACAAGGGCAUAUAUCCAUAUGCAUGCAACGAGAGAAACGGUUGGGUGUCAUUUAAUAACAAUACAUAAUGUAUCAUAUCAGUUAAGGUUAAUGGAUAAUAUUAGAAAAGCUAUUAUAAAUGAUGAAUUUCCUCCUUUUGUACAAAAUUUUUUUAAGGAAUUAUUUGGUGGUAAAAACAAUUAUCCCACUUGGGCAGUUAAUGCUUUAAAGAGUGUUAAUAUUGAAUUACUUCCAUGA